CUGAAGUGCGGCUCAGUUGCAUCACUCGGCACAGUCGGCGCUCGUUCCGUGGGCGCGCACGCAGAGACAGAACACAAACAAAUCCGUGAGGUGGAACGACCGGGCUCUUUGUUAUGAGUCCACUUUCAAACAUUACUUGACAUGUGAAGGGAUUUGUUUACAUUACAAUGGCCAUCUCAGCAAACUGUUGGAAGUACUUAGUGCUUAUCUUCAACGUACUAUUCGUAAUGUCAGCAGUAGUACUGUUUGGAGUUAGCGGCUGGCUUUUAUAUCGGCUCUUCAUUUACCGGCACUUCAUAGGGGUGAAUGUGGAAUACCCCGCAAUCCUGCUUCUCAUGAUGGCCAUCAUCACAUGCUCCAUAGCCUGGAUUGGUUGGAGGACGGCUACAUCUAUGCAUCAAAUUCAUGUCACCAUUACCGGUAUCCUGAUAAUUCUAGUGGUGGUGAUCGAGUUUGCCUGUUUCGUGUGGGCCAUGGUAGUUUGGGACGGUGUGGACCUGGAGAUCAAGACCAAUAUGGCGUCCUUUCUGCAGUACACCUUGGAAAACAAGGAGGACAGCUCGUACGACUUGUUGCGAUGGGAUAAACUGCAUAAAGAUAUGCAGUGCUGCGGCGUCACGGGCCCAGGAGACUUUCUCCACACCAACAACAUUCCUGUAUCCUGCACAGGCAAGGGCAUCCUCGACACGCUGGCUCAGAAGCCCUACGUGUCUGACCACAGCGCUAUAUUUCAGCAGGGCUGCGGGAAUCCACUUCAUGAAUAUGCUAGACAGCAGUUGAUGCUGGUGGCUAUGACGGCGCUGGUCGCGUCUGUAUUGCAGAGCUCCGGUAUAUUCUGCACGUUCUUCCUCGCGCACGCCAUCCGGUUGCGUCGGCGUGCCUCCAUCAGAAACUCCUCAUCCCUCCGCGAAGCUGCGCUCUCUGCUGCUCCGGAUGACUCGUUACUGUCGCCCAGCGCGCCUGCGCAUACCUUGCCAAAGUAUUAGACUUCAUACUAUUAACAAGUUAAGCCUAGGGCGAGUUCUUGUAGGAUCAUCGUAGAGCUGAACGACGAAACCACGAGAUGUUUGCUGGCACCUUGAUAAAGGACGAUACGUCUAUAAGCCUAUCUUUGAUACUAAACGUUGAAUAAAUUAGGCACAAUUGGCUCACUCAUUGAUAUGAAUAUCGUCACGACCCUACUACAACGUGAAUGACAAAGUAUUUAAAUCGAAGAGUAGAAUAAAACAUAAAUAUGUCUAAGUAUACUUUGUGGUGGUUAAAAGCAAUCGGAACUAAAAAUAAGUUUUUAUUUAUCGCUGAGCAGUUCCGUAUAACCAUAACAAGAUGUCUUGCUUCAAUAUACUUCUUGUAAAAUAUUAUCUACUUCUGCGGGAAAGACGUUCUCCCUUCUUGCCAAAGCCUUAAGAACCAUUAGAAUUAAUAUAACAUGGCUUAUCGCAGUCGCCUACGAGUAAUUUAAUAUUUUACCAUGAAUAAAGUCAUCGUUGGCGUUUCACAGUCUUCAGAUUAGCUGAACUGGUAGAUAAAGUGCUAAGUUUUGCAGGAAGUUUUAUCUGGCAGUUAAUUUAUUUGUUAAUUAGCUAUCCAAUGCUUUACUUGGACAUUGUGAACCAGGCCCUUAUAGUUAUAAAUAACCUCUUACAAAUAUGACAGAUUCAAAUAUAUACACGUAUAUUAAGAAUCAAUUAAGUGUACAUACAUACUAAGUCACGCCUCCACAACUAUUUGCUCACCUGUCUACCAAUGCAAUCAAGAUUACGAUCAGCCAGAAAAGGUACCUAUGCAAUUAUAUCUCUAUUAUGUGUUAUUAUAUAAUUACUUUUUUUAAGACCCUGGAUUUAUCUUAAGCGUAAACUAAUAACACACGAGAUAACAAUCAUUUCUCAAGAGCAUGUUCGUGAAUUGUACACUAAUUUACAGACUUUUUUGCUGAAGAGACGUCAAAUAUAUUUCUUUAUAAGUGUUUGUAAUUUGACUUGUAUGUAGGUUCUUAUAAACAUUAUACGGCGUGUAUUUUUGAUAUGACCAUUAUAAUUAAAGGGUAGUUAGUUUAGGCUGUAUGCUGUAUGCACACACUUUCAUAGGUUUUAUAAAAAAUGGUCUUCUUUUAAUUUUCCAUAUAAAAUCAUUCAGCAAGCAAUGUGUAACCAUUGUGUUUUAAAUCAAAAUGUAGCAUUUAAUGACGGGACGUCACAACUGUUACAAGUGACCAUGAUGUCCGAAUUUACGAAAUACAUUGCCGCUUGAAAACAUUACAAAAGUGAAUUAUGCACUGGUAGAGACUAAAUUAAAAAAAUCUUUCAGAAUUGUUGUAUAGCGCUAAAACCUACGUCUAGUUUAAAUUUGUGGUUGUAUCAAAAAUACGCAUUAUACCUAUGUAGGAGUUAUGAAGAUGCUAUAAUGCCGUAUAACUUUGAUACGUGUUUAAUAGACUCCUCUUUACUAUGAUCUAUAAAAGUAAAAAUUAAUAAGUAACUCUUUAUUUUGUCACUUUUUAUACAAGUUUGUACCAUGGUUGUAUUAUUGUACUACUUAUACGAAAUUUUUCUGUUUUACUGAAAAUGGUAGAUUUGUGUUUCCAUGCAAUUUUGCAGCUCGCUGUAGCACCUACAUGUAUAUACUAUGUAUAAACUUACGUUAUUCAUCAGCAGUAUCGGAGACAACAGAGUGCCUUCUAUUGGGCAUUCAUCAGCAUGUCGAGCACUGGACCUUUAUAGUUGAAAACAUAUUAUUUGCACCGAUAAAUGCUAUUUCUAAUGGCUCUUGUAAAAUAGGGUAAUAAAAUUUGCUUACUUGAGCUAAAUAAUGUUUACCGACUUACUUUUUUUCGUUUUAAUUUCUUAGUUUUCCUGGUUUACCAACUUUUCAAAUCAUAUUCUGGUAAAUUAAAUAAUAUAUUUAAACUCAAAAAGAUCCUGAAUGAAUAGUUAAAAAAAUAUUUGCAUAAUAAAUAACGUAUCUAUAUUAAUCUAGACACACAAAGUAUCAUAAUUAACUAUUCGUACUAUAUACUUUGCCGCUCUUUUAUCCCUUUGUAUUCGUAAAGAUACAGUUUUAUGACUAAUCAGUGCAAAUUAUAUUUCGUCAACUAUACCUUACCUAUUUUGUUUGUAACGGGUCACCAACAAUAAUUUUAUUCUAAUUAUACCUUUAGUAUUAUUUAUUAGUUUUCUACAUGAAAAAUGCAUUUUUCCGUAUACUCACUGAAUUAUUAAUAACACAUAUUGAAUGUUGUAUUUUUUGCUAAGCUAUAUUAGUAUUUCGGGCCUUGACUGAUGUCACAAAAUCGAAUACCAUUACUACGUCAUUAGAAGUCAAUACUCGUGUAUACGUUUGUGUGACAAAGACUAAUUAGCAGGAAAAGACAAAUGUGUAUUCCAUAUUGUAUCUAUUUAUAUACAUUACAUGUAUGUAUAGUAUUGUAUGAAAUAAGUAACUUUUUUGGGCGGAUUUUUAUUAUGUUGACAUUAUUUUCAAUUUUGUCAGAUAAACUGGUGUAUUAUAGGUGAUUCCCCCUCCUGUAUAAUAGAGACCUACGUGUACUAUGUCCUAAAAAUCUUUCUCUGAGUAACGAUAACGUAAUGGAAUUUUCGUAGCUAACUCAAUGGAAAUUCACAUAGGUACAUUUUUGUCCCAAAUUGAGAUUUCGUGUUUAUUUCAACCAGCAAGGCUCGAAACCGGUUUCCUUCGAAUUUUUAUAAGAACGCGAACGUUUUAAGAACUUUAUUGUAACCUGAAAAAACCAAUUUAAUCGACGAGCGACGAAACGACCGGCCGGCCUGUUGAUAUGCCACGUAAACAUAGACGCCGACAUAAGAAGAAGCCGGGUUUUUAUUGCUCUAAACCGGUUAAUUUGACAAGAACAGUUCUCAUAAAAACCGGUUUAAAAGAAACGGUUUUUCGAGCGCAAAAUGAAAAGGUUUUGCGCCAAGUAUGGUAUCAUAUACCAAGUAUGGUUUAGAAAUUUAACCGGUUUCCGAGCCUUGCCAACGAGAAUGAAGAGCUCAUCAAACCUAUCAAAAUCUAAAAAAAAACUUGACAAAAAAAAAAAAAACAAUUCAGCCCAUUUCCGUCCAUUCCGUCCAAAUUAUAAAAGUAUUCAAUUGGUACUUAAGGGGGGUCACGUAAGAAUUUUCAAGUUCAAGUCGUGACUGAAAAUAACCCACUUGUUGAAGAUGCGUCACGCCGCGUCUGGCAUUUCGUAAACAUCAACAUGCACAUCGUGCACGUCUGACGUCCGUCAUUUUUCUUUGAAAACCAAUGUCCUGGAUAUUUUCCUUAUUUAAAUGGUAUUAUUCUACGUUUAAGGUAAUUACGCAGUUGAAAUUAUUUGUUUAAUUCUCGGUUGCGAUUGGUCGUGGUUUGAAAAAAUUGUAGUGUACUUACUUAACUGUAAAAGAAUUACGAAUACAUAUAUGAACAAAAAAAAAAUUAAACAUUUGAGGAGAAUCUUACACAUAUCAACCCAGCCCCAAACUAAGCAAAGCUUGUGUACUAUAUGGGUACUAGGCGACUAUAAUACAUACUUAUAUAGAUAAGUACAUACUUAGAUACAUAGAAAACACCCAAAUAAAUCCCCUCACCAGGAUUUGAACCCGGGACCAUCGGCUUCAUGGGCAGGGUCACUACACUUACUACCCACAGGUCGGAAAAAUGUGUGCUUUAUAAAUGUGUAUUUUCGAUUUUUCAAGGAAAUUAAAUCGUAUAAAAGCUACCUAUUCAAUUAAGAAUAAUUUUAAUUUAUUAAACUACAAUGAAUUUAAGUUGCCGAUAAUAUUUUAAAUUUACUUUAAGUUGAUUUUCACUUUCAAAGUGUAACGUAAUGCUCGAGUUUUGAUACACAAAACGGUACAAGAGCAUAUUCAUGUCCAUAAGACAAAGUUUCCGAGUCAUUAUACAACAAAUAUUUUACGAAAAUUUGAAUCAUAUUGCUUCAUCGUAUCGUAUAAUCGCCUACAUUUCAAUUUAGGAACGACAAACGAGACUCCGCAAAGAAUCUGCAAUUCAAUUGCAAAGUGAGAUGUGGGAUUCCGAGUCGAGAAAUAAUUCCUGGCAGGAAGCUUGAUUGCUGCUGAGUCAUGACUGUCAUGCGAGUUCAUUUGAUCGCGGUACAUCGUUUAGUUUUUAACUUUUUAUACUCGUUUUCCUGACAAGGUUAUACUUACUCGUUUAAGAUAUACGCUUGCUUUUUAUGUCCCAGUCAUCCAAGACAACUACUAAAAUGACAGUUCUAUUAACCCGUGGAGCGCGUUAGUAUCACACGUGUGAUACUAACUCAUUUUCGGUCGUAGCGAUUCAUCUGACGUGUGUUACCACAGAUCAAUAUGGGUCCAAUUGCUUUGCAUCAAUUAGUUGUAUGUUGGUCGUUCAAUUUUAUCAAACAUCUUUUAUUGCAGCACAAAAUUGGAAUAAGGCUUAGAACGCACUGCCAUUAAUUUUUUGCGGUUUCAGUCUUAUUUCUUGGGCUUUCAGUCUUGCAAGUGCGUGCGUUUAUGAAGCAUGCCGUACGUUACACUUUUUGCGGUUCAAACCGCAAAAAAUUAAUCGCAGUGCGUUAUAAGCCUAAGAAGUGGGGGUUUGGUGAUAAAAUGGUCAUCGGGCAAUCGAAUUGUCGUUUUAGCAUUUAGGACAUACCUAAAACCAACUAUUUGAUCCAGUAGUUAAGACAAAAUAUGGAGGUGACAUUUUUAAGGGAUUUAAAUAUUCAAUUACAAUUUGCAGAUUUUAAUUUACUUAGUUGAAGCGACUAUAGUUCGUGCCAUUCACGAUGACGCGCAGAUUUGUUUAAUCUACCCUUUAAUACAAUGACAAUACGAAUCAAGGCACGCGGCGUCGAACGACACCAUCUAUACAAUGCUUUAUUAUAUUAAGUCCAUUUGGUUUAUUACAAACUUCGAUAACAAAAGGAAGUGAGACAUUAGUGUAAUAAAAACACAAUUAUUAUGUGAUAAAGUUUUCCUGGUCCAAUUUUAAGUUACUUAUAAAGAGUAAAUUCUACAUUAGCUGAUAUUUCUAUGAAAUACCGAGUACAGUCACGGUCUUUAAUUGCUGAGCUAAUUUACUGUAAGUAUUAAACAACCAAAUUAGCUAACGUGACCGUACCUAGAUAUUAUACGUUUAACUUGAAUCUUACAACGUAUAUAAUAUAUAAAUUAAUCUAUAUAUAAGUUUAUCUAUAUAUAGUUUUUUCAUAUAUAGUCUCGGUUACAAAUUCAUUUACUUAAAAGACACUGCACCUAUCUUUCUGGUUUAACCCAUUGGUUGACUGGUAGAGAAUGCCUUAAGGCAUUAAGUCCGCCAUUUGUACCUUCAUGUAUUGUGCAAUAAAGAUUAAAUAAAUAAAUAAAUAUAUCUUGGCUGACAAACGAAACAAUUGAAUGCAAAUUCGUCAUCCUUAUCAAUGCAAACAUAAUUUUGUAGCAUUUACUCGGUUUUGGUUCGGUGUAGUCAUUUCAAAGUCAACUCUCCGUGGUAAUUACAAACUAUGACUAAGUCACACAAUGUCAAGCAAUCUACUGAAAAGAAAAAUUAACAUAUAUUGCGUGCCUAUGUAUACCUGGUCUCAAGUCAAUCAUUUGAAAAUAUUAUCUUUUCAGGACAGCUUAUUUGCAAACCGGUGGUAGUUUUGACUUACAUAAAUGCAGUAUGGGAACGAUUUUAUCGAGUCAGAUUUCAAUGCGGAAAAGAAGAUAAAGAAAGAUAAAGGUAGUUUGUUUUUCAAGUAGGCAUAUUACAAUGCGCUUAUGAACGUCAAAUAAAGCUACACCGGCUCUAACCCUACACCUCUGACCCGAGAAGAUUUAAAUCCCUCCUAAAUUGAUGGAGGGUAUCCCAAUAUGGGACCGGCAAAAAACUCGGCAAAGGAGGAUGUUGUAGGUAUAAUUAUUUAUUAAUAAACAAAUAUUGUAGAGAAUAAAGAAGUGACAAAGUGUUUAAGAUUAUUAGAUUAAAAUGUGAAUUGACAAAUACAUAUGUAUUUACCACCUAAUGUAACAUGAAAUUUUUCAUAUGGAAUGGAACGUUUGGUAUAGUUUGUCAUCCACGAUGACGCGCAGAUAAUAUAACCUUUAAUAACAUGACAUUACGAAUCAUGGCAGGCGUCUUCGUGAAUGACACGAUAUAUAAAUUGUCAACUGUCGAUGUCGCGCAAGCGAGUACCUUACCCGUGAACUAUAUUGAUCAGGGGGCUUACCCCGAAAACCGAAAUCCGAAAUUCACAAAUUGCGGGAAUCUUUCUCUUUUACUCUCACUAAGACGUGAUUAGAGUGACAGAGAAAAAUGCGGUUAAGCCCAGAAAUCGUAUUAAUUCACAAGGUCGAAUUGGACACAAAUGAAAUCAGAAAUCACUUGUGGAUUUCUUAGUAGUAGUAAGUAAUUAUAGUGAUGGGUUGUGUGAUUGUUAUUAUUUACUGUUAAUUUUAUAUUUUCAAUUUACCUACAAUUAAGACAAAGUGUAUUUGUACCGUUUAGGUAUUAUUUUGUACUCUGAAUUAAAAUAGUUAUAUGAUAUGA